AUGACUUCGAAAGCGUGCAAUGGAUCACAUACAUGGAAUGUUAACGUAAACUCUUCUCCUGAAACAAUAUAUCAUUUUCCAGAGAGUCCCGGUGAACCAGGAAAGUUCGAUUUUUAUCGUGUCUAUCUUUCUUUUCAUACUCAUAAUUCGGAUCCAACAUUAUCUGGUUGUUCAGAUGAACCUACCAUCUCCGCACCAUCAACAAUAUCAUCAUCAUCAUCAUCAUCAGUAAUAAAGAGACGAUGGACACCAUUUGCUGAUAUACUUUCAUCUGAUGAGUCCAAAUCUUCAAUAUUGACAAGUUCACAAUCCUCAAAUUCAAUUUCUGCAGCUAAACCACAGGCGAUGUCUUCUAUAAAUUCUGAUGGUUUAUCAAAUGUUAAUGGCACAGAAAAAGAACCAAUUCAAUCUGCUCAAUCAUUGUUAUCAUUGACUGAUGCUGUUAAAAAUUCUAUGAACAAAGGUCAGUUGAGUGCAAAUUCAAAUAAAAUUCGACGUCCAUUUGGUGGAACAACAUUGUCUUCGAAAGAUCUCAAUCAUUUAUCUCCUCAGUCCAUGUAA